UCCAAAUAUUUGAUCAACAUCAGAUCAGAAUGCGUGGAGUUUAUGCCAUUUUCCUCUUUUUCCUCUUAGUCAACUGCAUCAGGGCUAAGAAGAUGCGGUGGUGCACAGUGUCAGAUCCUGAGCAGAAGAAGUGUGCAGAGCUGGCUAAAGCUCUGGUGGCCGUGCUGCCGCCGGCCGCUGUGGCAGCUUUCGCCAGACUCUCCUGCAUCCGAGCGUCCAGCACGACCGACUGCAUCGAUCGGAUCAGGGCGAACCGUGCUGAUAUCGUGACGUUGGAUGCAGGAGAAGUGUAUUCUGCUGUGAAGCAGUUUGGCCUUGGAACCAUCGCCAAGGAGAUAUACAGCGACGGAGGCUGUGUUCUGUCUGUAGCUGUGGUGAGGAACAUCAGUCUGGACGUCCGGUCCCUGAAGGGCCUCAGGAGCUGCCACAGCGGGGUCCGGUGGACGGCCGGCUGGAGUCUCCCCCUCGGCUUCCUGCUCUCCAGAAACUAUCUGAGCUGGUCCAAGGAGCAGCCGCUCAGUCAGGACGUCAGUACUUUUUUUAGUGCCAGCUGUGUUCCCGGAGCUGCUGCCAUUGCCCCCCCUCUGUGCGCUCUGUGCCAAGGCCAGAAGUCAUAUAUUCGCCAGAAGAAUUACCACUGCGAAACAUCCCAUAAUGAGCCUUUCUACAACAACCAGGGGGCCCUCAGAUGUCUCAGGAGGGGGGCCGGGGACGUUGCAUUUGUGGAUCAUUUAGCUCUUGAAAGUAUUGAAGACAGUGAUAGAGAUGAGUUCAGGCUGCUGUGUGCAGACGGCUCACAGGCUCCUCUCAGCCACUACAGGAUCUGUAACCUGGGCCGGGGUCCAGGAGGCGGCAUGGUCACCAGAUUAAAUUUGCGCAAGACUGCUCGCAAAUUCCUAUCGACGGUGCAGAUGCUGUUUGGUAAACGAGGAAAAGAGAGGCAGCGUUUCCAACUCUUCAACUCCUCUUCUUUUGGAGAAAACGACCUUCUCUUCAAAGACGCCACGGAGAAACUGGCCGUUCUGCCAGACGACAUGGACGUCAGCCAGCUGCUGGGGCUGGAUUAUGUGGCGCUGCUCAAAGGUCUUGGACAUGAAGGAAGCUCCCUGGAGGACAGUGUCGUGCGAUGGUGCUGUAUUAGCCAUGCAGAGCAGAAGAAAUGUGAGCAGUGGGCUCUCAAUAUAAAGUCGGACCCUCUGGUGUGUGUCAGAGCGGUCUCAAUGCGUGACUGUAUCGAGAAAAUCAAGAGGGACGAGGUGGACGCCGUCUCGCUGGAUGCUACUCACUCUUUCAUCGCAGGAAAAUGUGGUCUUGUUCCUGUAGUUACAGAAUAUUAUGGAGGAGAAAGGUGUGGGCCUGCUGAGGGAUCGACCCACUUGGAGACGGACGUGUUGCCCUCAGUGGUUGCCGUGGCCGUGGCGAGGCGCUCGAGCAGAAGUGUUUUCAUGGGGAACCUGGGGGGUCGGCGCUCCUGUCACGGACACAUGUACAGCCCGGCCGGCUGGCUGCUGCCCUACAGACACCCGCUGAGCCUGGCGCACAACAGCAGCGCCCCCUGUGGCCCCGACCGAGUGUACAACGACGUGUUUUGGAAAGGCUGCCUCCCGGGCUCUCAGGGGAAUCUGUGUAAAGUGUGUCUGGGAGGCACGGGGGAGGCCACCACCAAACGCUGCGCUGACAACCACAAUGAGCGUUACUAUGGCAACACUGGGGCAUUAAGGUGUCUGGUUGGAGAUCCCAGUGGGAAAAGCUAUGGCGACGUGGCCUUCCUCGAGCAACACACCCUUCUUGACAACAUCCUCAGUUUGAACUCCAGCGGUUGGGCAGAGGGCUGGACGCUGUCAGACUACGAGCUGCUGUGUGGGGACGGUCGUCGGGCCCCGCUGGCAGAGUGGGAGAGCUGCAACCUGGGAGUCAUCCCCCCGAACAGCGUCAUGACGCGGCCGGUGCUCACAGCACGAGUGUACGACUUCCUCAUGAAGUCACAGGAAACUUUAUCCGCCAACCCAAACGCAGAGUUCAAGCUCUUUCAGUCUCAGGAAUAUGGAGAAAGUGAUCUGCUUUUCAAAGACGCUACUCAGUGUUUCGUCCACACGAGCCACAUGGACCCCCGCUCCAUCCUAGGAGAGGAGUUUUACAGUCAGGCGGAAGCGGCUUUCAACUGCACACACUCUGAUAUCUUGGAGUUUUGUAAUCAGGAUGUGUGCAGCAUAUUCUAAAGGACACAUUUCUCUCUGCUGCUCAGUGGAUCAAUACUUCAUCCAGAAUCUCAACUACAAACCAUCCCUGGUUGACAGCAGACAUGAAUUUCAAAACACUGUUGCCUGACUGAACUGAUGAAUUUCAGCGUUUAGAUGCCAUUUCAACAUCAAAUGUUCAGAAUCAUCUGUGUCUUUCAAAAACACAAAACACUUUUAAGGCCUGAAAAUAAUCAAAAUCAAAAUAUGGUUUAAGUAGGAUAUACAGAAAAGUAGAGAACACAAAUAUAGAAUCGAAAUGUACCUUAACAAAAUGUGAAAAAUAUAUUAUAAACAUAAAGGUGUGUACUCCUGCUGUUGUAACACGUGGUUCCCACACAUCUAAUCAUUAACACAGCAUCUUGCUAUCAUAAAGGCUCAAACAACGAAGUUAAGAUAAUAUGAUAGAACAGUGUGUGUAGAAUAUAAAAACAGCUGAAACAUCUAAGACUACUGCAAUAUAUAUAUAUAGAAAUGUAUACAUCAUUUUGCACAAAUUAGUUAACACAAUCUAUGUUUUGUACCAACAUGUAAUGCAGUGUAUGUAAUGUAGUUAAGGUGGUGCAAGGUUAUUCAGUCAUCUUUUGUCCCAUAGUAUCUGUGUCUGCUGUUAAGGUAAAACUUUUAUAAAUAAUGUAAAGGUAUUGAUUCCUUUGUGCCAGAGUAUGUCAACAAAAAAAAAACAUAAAUAAAUGAAUCUACUUUUA